GUCUAUUACGCGUAGCCCUCUGGUGUUGCCAGUUGGAUUUCUGAACAAAAUAGCGGAGAAAUUCUUCUUAGUAAUUACUAAUUAGGAACUAUACAGGAUUCAGGAACAUUUUAAAGAAAAAUGUCUAUUAGUAGGCCUAGUGGCCUCGGAUCCUUAUGGAUGGGCGAUCUGGAGCCAUAUAUGGACGAGUUUUUCAUCUCCGAAUCAUUCCGUACGAUGGGUUAUGAAACCAAAAAUGUGAAAAUUAUCAGAAACAAAAACACUGGUGCACCUGUAGGUUACUGCUUCGUUGAUCUGGGUACUGAGGAUGUUGCUCGUAACUGCAUGAUGGGUCUAAGUGGUCGUACCAUACCAAAUUCUUCUCCUGCAAAGAGAUUCAAGUUGAACCCAGCAAUACAUGGAGGAAGAGAUCAGCCAAACUCACAGGAUUUCUCUCUCUUCGUCGGUGAGCUCUCAGAAGAUGUCAAUGACCUGGCACUGUACAACGAGUUUUCGAGACGCUACUCUUCAUGCGUGAGCGCGAAAGUUGUGAUCGACCACGUUGGUGGUCGGAGCAAAGGAUUCGGUUUUGUGAGGUUUACGAAUCAGACGGAUCAGGAGAAAGCACUGGUUGAGAUGCAGGAUAGCACGGCCAUUGGACGUCGCGCUAUUCGAAUUAGUUUGGCUACGCCAAAAAGACAACAGCAGCAUUCGCAGCAGCAGCAUCAUUAUAACGAUCAGCAGCACCAUUACCAGCAGCCCUACAACUACCAGGACCAGCAGCAGUACCAAAAUGCGCCCUACAACCAGUACUACGGCCAGUACAACUAUGGCUCAUACGACCAGCAGGGGGCGUGGCAGUGGUAUGACCAGUACCAAAAUGCCAAUCCACCGCCCAACGUUGAAACAGAGCAGCCCCAGCAAAAAGACGCGGGUGGGACGAAAACCGAUUUGGGCGAUGCUGAGGAGGUCGAAGAUCAUGAAGAUAACAUUGAUGUUGCUGAGGAAAACCGCAAACUGAUGGAGCGAUGUGAGGACCUGUAUGUUACGUUAGAGAACAGCAGGUGGCAGCACUAUGGCAGUGUCAGCCUUGAGCCAGUGAAGGGUGACAAAGUGAAUAACGAUGAGACAGAGGUGACAAGUAGUGCAACAGCAGAACUGAGUGCAGAGCCAGUGAAAGCCGCCGCCUGAGGAAUGGUUGGUUGGCGCAGGAUUGUGAAUUCUUGUACAGUAACUCUAGAAUGCAUAGUUGUAAGCUAAUUGGUAGUGUUAUGAUACACAGUUAUUAUAUGCAUAAUAGCAUUCAUGAGUAGUAUUUCUAUAGUACUGGUCUGAUUCAGGUUCUUCUAUGUGUUGUUUCCUAUUUCAUACUAAAUGUUGUUAGCAGAGUAAGUGAAAUAUUCCUGGAUUAUGUCCACGUUCUGGGCAGUGUUGAACUUGCAGCUUUCAGCAUUGCUUGUGAACCGACAUUCCAAUAAUGAUUGUGAACGACAAAAUGAUAAAACAUGAAAUCUAUGUAAUAAAAGAACGUUUUUCUCAUCAACAUACA